AUGCCCAUAUACAGCAUCAUAAAAGCAAUGAAACUGGGCCUCAUCGGUCUUAGCUAUUGCGAACUUCUUUAUUUUAGAGAAUUUGAUAUAGAACCACAUAAUUUGGAGUUCAAAGAAAUGUGGUUCAAUAAAUUUAACGACGGGCUGAUUUUAAAUUUAAGGCCUACAGGUUUAAGCGAGAUAAAUUGUUGGAAUAUUAUCAUAUAUGGAGUAGUACUUCAAACUCCAAUUAUUCUUCGUCAUUUAAUUUUAAGUGGCAUUGAUGUUCCUGGUAUUUUAAAUUGGCAAUCUCCCUUUAACUUUGCAUCAUCUAAAAUAAUUGAAUUUUUGAAACACAUUGGAAUAGAAGAAGAUGUCAUACAAUUAGUAGAACAACAUGGAAUCGAUGAAGAAACUGAGGAAAUGUUAAUUGAUUUAGGACUUGAUGAAAUGGAAACAAAAUUUUCAAUUACGGAGGAAUUAAUAUGUGAAUGCAGUUUAACUAUAUUGGAACCAACCUGUAGCUGUCUAGAAAUAACACAAGAGAGUUGCAGGACAAAUAGCUCUAAAGGCAGUUUCAGUUUUGCUAGCCGAUCGGAUUGUUACCAACAAUAUGCUUGUCAAUGUCACAUUUUAGCAAAAAAUGAAACAGUACAUGAAUUAACAGCACAACAAAAUGAUUACUUAAGACAAAAUAUCAUGGUACCAUUAUCAUGGGCGGUGGCUAAAACUUUAGAAUACAAUCCAUCAGAUCCAGUACAUUUCAUAGGAUAUAAAUUAUUGCAAUGGACUUAUAACAACAUUUCUCAAACGGAGAAAGACAAGCAUCAGCAAUUAAUUGCAUUAUCUACUAUAAAAAUGGAUCAUAAACUUAUUGAUAAAAAACAUUUAGAAAAAGAGGGAUUAAUUAAAACUCUGAAUCAAAAGGCUAUAAUAAGAAAUAUACCUUGUAAUGUUCGUAAAAGUCAUCAAGAGUUAUAUCGUAUUGAAAAACAAUGUUGGAAAUGUGUAUGGAGACCAAUUAGAAAAUUAGGAAGUUGUGAAUUUCCUGAUAUGUGCAGUUCAUGUAAAAUCAAUGUAUCAGACGAAGAUGACGAUGCCUGAUUAUUAUCUUAUUUGGGGCAUUUUAACAACUAAUAAAAAUGCCUAUAAAAGAUUAAUUGAAAUGGUGCAGUGUAAUCCCAUGAAUGUGUUACAUGGAACAGAAUGGAAUGAGUAAGUAUUAAAUUCAUUUCGUCGCAAUACAAAAGAGACUCCAAAUACAUUGUGGCAGUGAAUCUAAUUACAGUCCUUC